UCGCGAGAACGUGUGGAAUUCGAGGUUGUCAUGGCUACAACGACAACCGACCGGCGCUCAAGACUGCUCGGAGAGAGAGGCGAUUUGUCCGGGAAGCGGCUCUGAAGCUUUGGGGCUGAGGUAAAGGGGCCUCGAGCCGGGGUAUAAACCAGUCCCGGGUGAGGGAAUCCCGCGGCGCAGGUAGCCGGCAUAGAGGCGUGGAGCCGCGGCGGUCAGCGGAAAAUGGCUGAUCCAAAGGAGGUGGUGGAUAGUUACAGUGAAGUAGAUAAAACUGAAGCAUCAGACUCUGAAAAGCAAAUGAUAGAGCACACACAAAUAAAGCCACAAGCAGAAGACGAUACAGAGACUGAUCACAUUAGCACUGCAGAGACAUUGGUUCUUCUGAAAUCAAGGACAGAUGCAUCACAAUCAAAUGAGGAUGGACUACAAAAGGAGCUGGAAUCCGCUCCAGAGGCUCACGGGCAGGAACCAGCUCUUGAAGAACAAGAGGAGACAAGUGUAGAAGGGCAGGAACUGGUUCCUGAAGAACAAGAACAGACAAGUAUAGAAGGGCAGGAACGAGCUCUUGAAGAACAAGAGCAGACAAGUGUAGAAGGGCAGGAACCAGCUCUUGAACAGGAAAAUGACCUUGCUGUGGGUAAUCAAGAAGAAUUGCUUGGAAAAGGUGAACAGGGUGUAUCUGAGCCAACUGCUCCAUUAACUGAAAUAACUGAAGAAAUUUCUCAAAUUACUACAGAAACAUUUGCUAAGUUAGCAGCUGAAAUAUACAACUUAGGUAGGAAGCAACGGGAGGCUUUGGAAUCUGAGAGGUCAUUGGCAGAAGUAAUGACAAAUGCAACAGCAACAGUUAAAAUCAUGUUGGUUCCUGAUAUCCAGAUGAUCACAAUGGCUUUUAACAUUGAUCAAACUGUAAGGAAGCUCAAGCAAUUCUUUGUGUCACAGCUAAAAGUACCACUGAAUGUCUUACAGGUCGUAUUUCAAGGGAGGCUAAUUGAGGAUAGUGAAACUCUAAUGGAUAUUGGAGUUAGGCCUCAUGGAACUAUCCAAAUUGAGAUGUUCUCUCUUGAUCCAGAACAGUACCCAAUCAAAGCAAUUAAAUUGCAGCAGGACUACAACAUGCCUGAUGUCAUAACUGUGAGAGUGCAAACAGAUUCUGACACAUUCCAAGAUGUAGCAGUAGAGAUUGAAAGGCCUACCUAUCGUAAACCAUUUCUGGGUGGAUUUAAGCAUAGUGUAACAGGUGUGGAAUUUCAUAAUGCAGGAUCACAAACAGUACCCAAAAAACGACAUGACAAAGGAAUUAAACUAUUUUGCAGGGAGACACAGACCAUUGUGGAGAAAAAUAAGCGCCAACAGACUAGAAAUACAACCUCCACACAGAUGACUAAAAUUGGCCUCUAUGUGUCAAACAUGACUGACAAGCUAAUAGAACCAAGAACAUAUUUUACAGCAGAAGAAUAUCAUAAACAUAGACUUGAUUCAGUAAUAGUAUUACAGACAUAUUUCCGACGAUGGCAUGCCAUAAAUGUUGUACAGAAAUUAAGAGAAGAAAAAAGGUUGCGGUUAGAAUGGGAGGCACAAGAAGAGUUAAGGAAAAAAAGAGAGAAGGAAGAAAGAUUGAGAAGGGAGCAUGAGCGAAGAUUAAAUCCUAAAACAAAGGAAGACUUUGAACUACUUUACCAUGCUUUAGAAUUAUGGAGGCAGGAGGAGAUUGAGCGCAUUAACAGCACUCUCGCUGGAGCAGAAAGAAAGGCAGCCCUCUGUGCACUUCUAGAACAAGAGAUACAGCUGAUUGCUUCCAUUGGGAGACACAAACUAAAUGCAGAUGAAGAGAACCAGCAAAAAGCAAUACUGUUCUUUUUGGAUAAGUGUGCAGAACCAAAGAGAUGGAAAGCAUAUGAUGGAAAAAUAACUGAAAUGGAUACACGGUUUACACUACGUGCUAGAGAACUGCUUGAGAUCUACCGCAGCAUUAGUAUGAAAGACCUCCCAAAAGAUGAGAGGCUGGAUGUGCUGUUAACACUCAAACAUACAGUGAAGGAACAUGACUGUAAACUCACCCAUGAAAUAGUGGAAUUAAUUGACAGAGAAGCUGAUCUUAUGAUGCGAGGUGUGAAAGAAUGCAAUUUAGAAGGACUCAGAAAAAGAAUAUGCACAUUAUUUCUUCAGUAUAUUAAAACUCCAAUCUUUAACCCUGAGGUUGCUAGAGUACUUAAGGUUCCACCAGAUCCAUUAAAGCUUUAUAAAAACAUUUACUUCUGUCGUGGUUGCAAGUGCUACUUGCCCUCUACUGAAUUCUCUGUGCCUGCUAAUUCACGCACUGUUGGCAGGUGUCGCCGUUGUUGCAAGCUCGAUAAUGAGGCCCGGCGUCGAGAAGCCUUUUUGAAAUACAAGCUUAUGCUAAAAAAUCUCAGAAAAUCUGAAGCUGAUUACCAGGAUGGUGCUAAAAUCGCUUAUAUAGUUCAGCAAAAAGAUCUACAGUACGUGGUGGAGAACAUUUGGGGUUGUCAGUCAGCUCUUAGCGCCUGGGAUGAUCUCUAUGAUUUGGUUAUGAUCAGAUGGGAUAAGCACUGUGAAUGGUCUCCAUGGAACACGGUCCUCCUCACUAAAGAUGAGGCAAAAGCACAUCUUAAGCUGCAUAACCUUCAAGAGGCAUAUGAAAUGGUAUUCAUUCACAGGAUAAAGCACAAACAUAUCCUAGCAAAGAACUAUUUUUCUCAGAUUCCAGAAAUGGCAUCAUUUUUGCCUAAAGGUGAUGAUUUGGCUCACACAAAUGAAUUGUUAAUAACUAAGCCUAUCCCCACUGGUUCAAAAGCAUAACUCUUCAGACAUAAAGCUGUAAUCUGAAUUAUUGAUUAACAUGACUAACUUAAUUGGAGUAAAGAAUUGUCCUGUUUCAUCUAUAGAUUAAUUGUACUCUGGGGACAUAUCUAGAUAAACUUCCAAAGAUCCAAUGCUCCGAUUCUGACCACUUAUUGUAAUAAUUGCAUUUAUUGUUCUGUUACUGCAAGUGUGUUAAGUUUCUAAACACAAAACAAAACAUUUUUAUAAUACAGUUUGUAAAAUUUAUCAUAAUCAUUCCAUGAGCUCUUCAAACCUGAGGUUGUCUUCUUGUAUCCUUAAGUGUCUACUGCUACUGCAAUAUAAAUAGAGGAGAUUUAGAGAAUUUCCUUUAUACACAAUUUCUAUUUUAAACAAUAUUAUACUACUAAAACCUUUUUAUAAUAUUUUAAUUCAUUUCUUCUGUAUUUUAAACAAGUGAGGCCUUUUGGUUAAAAAAAACCAUAAUCCACAUUCAUCUACAGAUUUCGUUACCUGUCCAAAUAUAGGCCCUUUAUCUUGCAAAAAUUUGUGCGCAGGAAUAACUUAACACAUGUGGGAGUAGUCCCAGUGAGCUUAAUGGAACUACUCAUAUGUCAGUGUUUGUAAAAUUGUGUCUGUAUUUUGUAAUACCAAAAAUAGAUUGUUUGGGACAUGUUAAUCUCUUAGUUAACUCAUCUGAAGUAACAGCAGGAGUAAAUUUUCUCCCUUAAAUAUGUUUACUUAUGUCAUUUUUUCCUUUGUAUUUCUAUUACAUAAAUUCAAUAAAAAGUUACAUAAAAUU